GCUGGCCGCGGCGGGCGCAAGCUGGAGCUCGCGCGGGCGCUCCGUGCUCCGUGCAUCGUGCUGCGUGCUCCUCGCUCCUCGCUCCUUGCUCCGUGCGCUCGGGCCGCCUUACUCUGCGGCAGAGCGGAGUCGGACCGGUCUCUCCCUCUCUUUCUCGCUCUUUCCUUCUCUCUUUCUCCGCGCUCCCCGCAGCACUCCGGGCACGUCGGCGCGCCCCUGCCAGCCCCGCUCCAUGCUCCGGCCGCGGCCCGGCCCCUCGCCGCGCUGCUGCUGCUGCUGCUGAGCUGCGGGCAGCACCCAUGCCCUCGGCGCCCCGGGAGUCGUAGGCUGCAGCGGCGCCGCGGCUCCGGGGGGCGUCAAUGGAUCGCCACUCCAGCUACAUCUUCAUCUGGCUGCAGCUCGAACUGUGCGCCAUGGCGGUGCUGCUCACCAAAGGGGAAAUCAGAUGUUACUGUGAUGCUGCCCACUGUGUGGCUACAGGCUACAUGUGUAAGUCGGAGCUCAGCGCCUGCUUCUCGAGACUUCUGGAUCCUCACAACACAAACUCCCCGCUCACCCACGGCUGCCUGGACUCCCUGGCGAGCACUGCCGACAUCUGCCAAGCCAAAGAGGCGCAAAACCACUCUGGCCCCAUUGUGCCCACAGUGGAGUGCUGCCACGAAGACAUGUGCAAUUACAGAGGGCUGCAGGAUGUGCUCUCUCCCCCCAAGGGGGACCCCUCAGGACAAGGCAACCGGUACCAGCCUGACGGUAGCAGAAACCUCAUCACCAAAGUACAGGAGCUGACGUCGUCCAAAGAGCUGUGGUUCCGGGCGGCAGUCAUCGCUGUGCCCAUCGCCGGGGGGCUGAUCCUAGUGUUGCUCAUCAUGUUAGCCUUGCGGAUGCUUCGCAGCGAGAACAAGAGACUGCAGGACCAGCGGCAGCAGAUGCUGUCCCGGUUGCACUACAGCUUCCACGGACACCAUUCCAAAAAGGGACAGGUAGCCAAGUUGGACUUGGAAUGCAUGGUGCCCGUGAGCGGGCACGAGAACUGCUGUCUCACCUGUGAUAAAAUGAGACAAGCAGACCUCAGCCACGAUAAGAUCCUCUCGCUGGUUCACUGGGGCAUGUACAGUGGGCACGGGAAGCUGGAGUUCGUAUGACAAAAGUCUUAUCUAGAGUGAACCUCUCAGACGCUUGAAGACCUUUGAGUUCUGCUGGACAGGAGCACUUUAUCUGAAGCAAAACAAGCUACGGCGUCAUCAUCUUUGGAGAGACAGACUGACGUCUGCAAACAGAAUCUUGGAUAUUUCUCCCGAAGGAUUAUUUGCACAGACUUAAAUACAGCCUUGUAUUAUUUGCUUUAAAAAUGAUUAAAAAACAAAGAGAAGACUCUGCACAACUAUCGCCAGGGUUAUUUGCAUCAGGGGGAGCUAAAGUGGAGUGCCCGAAUAAACUAAACUGUGCUCUAUGCAAGUUCCUACAUUUUGAUUUAUUGUAAAGAUUUUAAAAUACACACACAUAUAUAUUUUUUGUCUGAAAUUCAGCGAUGUCUUGUCCUAAAUUAAAAAUGAAGUGGGAAGUGUAAAAAAACUACAUGUUAAUUAUACAAAUUAAGAUUUGU